UCCAGACAAAAAGUCCAAAGAUGUAAAUACAAAUGGAAUGUGUUACUUUGGUCUUUGUUAUUUGUGUAGCUUCUUUUCCAAAUGUGCGUUAAUCGAAGUUCUGAGUUAAGUUAUGCGCAUGGAGAACUUUAGUCACAAAAUAUUUAUGGUAAAACCGUAAACCUCCCCAACCCAUCGUUUAGUUUCUGCGCACAGCAAAACACUGCGUAAUGGAUCCCGACGCACUGCACGAUGCCAUCCCCGAGAUCGUUCCCGUUGUGCAUCGUCCGCGUGAUCGCUCGCAUUCCCUCUUCGAGCAGGAGCAGCAUCUGCGCUUCCUGCAGAUCAAACACGACCCCACCGUCCUGCUGGAUAUGCCCCGCGAGCAGCUGCACAAUCUGAUUCUGUGGUUCUGCUCCAUGUAUACGGAGUCGUGUGUGCACGAGCCCAUGCCUGAUUUGUGCGUCCUGCACUGCCUGCUCACGACGGACGCCAUCUCCAUCAACGACCAGCUGCGACUGCCCUUCGGGGAUGGGAUGGAGACGCCGCUGUCGCUGGCCAUCCUGGCGCGGAAUAUGAGUUUGGUGGCGUAUUUGCUGAAGAUGGGCGCCUCGCCGGAUACAUUGGUCGGCUCGGAUCCCAACGUCAGGCGACCCACACGGCUGGCCUUCGAUCGCCUGGAUGGGAAUUUAAUUGAAGUCUUCAGUCAUGUUAUUGCGCUGUGCGAGCGACCGGUGCGGAGUUCCAUGGACGAAGCGCUGUUGACAAGCAACUUGGAAGGGAAUGACUUCGUGCAGUGCGUGCAGGAUCAUGACAUGGUUAUGGGAUUCAGUGAAGGGAUUGAGUACGAUAUGGCGGAAGCGAAACUGGAUCCCACUGUGGUAGAGAAAUGGAGUAAAUUGCACUGUUGUUAUGUUUUUGCCCGUAUUAUCAGACGGCGACCGACUGGACCGCUCCCGAGGGAUUAUUUCUUGGUGGAUUUGCUUUUGGCCAGCGGGAAGGUGUCGGUCAAUGACUACAUGGUAAUCAAUGGAUUCGAACGCGUUACGCCCCUCCACGACGCAGUGGUGGCCAAGAACGUUGAUUUCGUCCGUUACCUCCUGCAAAAGCACCACGCCGACCCCAAUCGCCGCAGCUACGUGGACGGACUGCCCUUCCACGAUGUCACGCACAUUGUCUAUCCCCUGUCGACGGCACUGCGCGCCUAUUGGCUGCUGCGGGACGGCGAGGAGAUGGCCUACACCGCCAUGGCCACGUUGCUGCUGGAUGCCGGGACGCGGGUGGACGUCCAGGUGGAGGCCAUCCACGGGAUUACGCAGCCGGAUGUGAUUUCCAUCGUGGACCUGAAGGAGACCAUGCACUUCUGCCAGAUGCUUAAGCUGCUCGUGGAGCGGACACCGGGUUUGCUAGUGCAGCUGCGGACGCCCCUGUCGUACAGCCUUCCGACGUUGCUCGGCUCCUGCGAGCAUAAAUGGCUGCGACAAGGCCCCGCCACCGAACCGAUGCGGUACUCUCCCACCUUCGACCAGGUCUUCACGGAAUGCGUCCCCCUCAUCCAGCUGGCCAUCAGCCUGGGUGCACCGUAUCCCAAGCAGGAUAUCCUCAUCUCCCUGGCUGCCUCGCGCUCCUAUCUGACACUGGCCUCCUUAGCUUACCUCCUGGGAGAUCGGCUGCCGUUGGAUCUGGAGGAUCCCAGCCGGAUUCGCUAUGUCGAUCCCUACACGUACCUGCACGCCCAGGCGGGGGUUCCGCCUAAAGACGCCUAUCUGCGGGAUGCCAUGCGGACCACCCAUCUGAUUGAGGUCCUGGUGCGCUCCACCGGAGCCAGUUACAAGUGGAUGCCGGUGAUGCGGCAGUUCUACUCGUUUAUCCGGAUGCCGUGGCAUGCGCAGCCCUUUCCCGCGAUUUUCCUCUCCCUGAAGAACCUGUGUAUGGGAAGGGUGAAUGAUCUGCUGCGGUGGAAGCGGUUGAGUGGCGAGGAAGUCGAGCGACAGCUGCCCAGUGUGAUGCAAGCCGAACUGCAGUGUGAAAAGGCAUUUGAUACGUUGGCGCACGUGGUGUUUUAAACGCACUCUUACCGUAGAUUUUUACCAUACUUUUAUUCGGCAUUAACGAUAUGCCUGCCUUGAUGCAUACUACUUCAAAUGAUUCAGAUU